AUGCUAUACGAAACGACAUCAAAAUUAGAGAAGUCAGCAGAGUUUACAGUGUUCCUCGUACGGUACGGUACGUUGGAAGACAGGCUUCAUCUUCAAGUAACUGAAGGUCCUAGAAAAAUGGGUUCUGAUUCUAUUCUUUCCAAAUCUGAAGAAACAGAGAUUGCAAACUGGCAUAUAUCUCUUGCAGAUUGCGGAUUUUCCCUGAAAUUUGACAAUCUUUUAAAUACUGUUCAAAAUAUAAUGAUUGAACGUGGUAGGCCUAAUCCUUUUAUUAAUGGGAGACCAGAAAAUAGUAAAGCCACUACGCACAAUUCUACAAAAUCUCCGUUAAAGACAUUGAAAAAGAAAGAGUUUGAUACUACAACUAAAAUCAUAAAGCAUUUAAACAAAGAUCUGACUGUGUGUGGUAUCAGUGUGGAAAUUGGACUACAAGUUAUAGAAAAUGCAAAACUUUACCAAGGAUUGAAUGAUUCAGUUAAAAGUAAUACUGUCUGCGCCACAUCGGCACCGAGAAUCGGAACGCAGCCGCAGCCCUCACGCUAUUGGCUAUCCGCAGCCCUCACGCUAUUGGUACCACGCGCAGCA